AUGAGUACAGUUAAUGCAAGUACUGGUGUUGUGCCCUUCCAGCUACAGCUGGGACGAAUGCUGCAGAUGCUGCCUCCUCUUGUACAGGACAUCACACAAGCUCAGGAACCUGAAGAAACUCGUGCACACUCACUGAUGAACAAGCUGAAUAUCGACCUUAUGGAAGCCCAAGACAGUCUCAUCACAAGCAAAGCUUCACAAGCAAACUCUGUGAACAAAAAGCAAUCACCUCAGGUGGUCUUCAAAGAGGGUGACCAUGUUAUGCUUGCCAACCGCCGGCAA